CUCUUGCGUGGCCACCUCAACUCCCCGCAACCAUAGCCAUGGCCCCAUAGCUCUUCUUCUUUGCCCGCCAACAAUAGUAACCAAAGUUACAGUGUACCCAAAGACCUUCUUCACUGCUCCGCUUUGUGAAGAAAAUGGCGAAAUUUACAUCAAGAGCUGAGAACUUUCGCUUUUUUCUUCACAACAACACAGACACAGUCUCACAACGCCCAGUUUUCAAGGCCUCGGUGCUCAAACUCCAUCACUUGCAUUCGUUUCCUUCAAGGCACCGCUCGGAGUUCCGGAUCUGCUGUACCCUCAAAGAGAAAGAAAAUGUCAAGGAAAGCGAAAGGGUUGCUGACGUACUCACCGGACUCCGCGUGAAUGAAUCAGAGCAGGCGGGUUCUGAGGGCGAAACUGGGUCUGGGGAAGUGGGGUUUGAUUGGAAUUGGCCGCCAUGGAAGAAUGUUCCUGAGAGAUAUAAAUUCAUUGGGACGACAUCCUUGGCCUUUGUCAUUUGCAACAUGGAUAAGGUGAACUUGAGUAUUGCUAUAAUUCCAAUGUCGCACCAGUUUGGGUGGAAUUCAUCGACGGCUGGAUUGGUGCAGUCAUCUUUCUUUUGGGGCUAUGCAUUGAGUCAGUUGCCUGGUGGGUGGCUUGCCAAGGUAUUUGGCGGGAGAAAAGUUCUUAAGAUUGGGGUAUUGACUUGGUCAUUCGCUACAGCUCUUGUUCCUUUGCUUGCUGGAUUUAUGCCUGGAUUAAUCUUGUCAAGAAUAUUGGUUGGAAUAGGAGAAGGUGUUUCCCCUUCGGCUGCAACUGAUCUUAUCGCCAGGUUGAUACCAUUGGAAGAGCGGUCACGGGCUGUAGCAUUCGUUUUUGGUGGACUGAGCGUGGGAAGUGUUGCAGGGCUUCUUUUGGCUCCUCCUCUUAUACAAAAUUUUGGUUGGGGAUCUGUUUUUUACAUAUUUGGCUCUCUUGGGCUAGCCUGGUUCUUGGGGUUUCAAUUUCUUGAAGAAGGAAAGGCGUCAUUCACUGCUGAAUCAAUUUCGCGGUCCGCGUCCCAGUCUGCCAUUAUGACACAAACUUGGAAUGCGUCUAUGAGAGAGUUAGGUGGCUCAUUAAAGGAAGUACCAUGGAAGGCAUUUUUCCAAAGUCAAGCCGUAUGGGCAAUGAUAUAUGCUCAUUUUUGUGGAAGUUGGGGUCACUAUACUUGUCUGUCUUGGCUUCCAACAUAUUUUAGUGAGGAGCUGAACCUAAAUUUGACGGAAGCAGCAUGGGUUUCUAUUCUUCCUCCACUGGCUUCUAUCUUUGUUAGUGGCAUUGCAUCACAAUUUGCUGACCACUUGAUUUCUAAUGGAGUGGAAGUCACUACAGUACGAAAGAUUUGUCAAUCAAUUGCCUUUUUGUCGCCUGCAAUUUGCAUGACUCUAUCAUCUCUGGAUCUAGGAUUACCACCUUGGGAAAUGGUGGGGAUUCUCACUGGUGGCUUAGCCCUCUCAAGCUUUGCCCUCUCAGGACUCUACUGUACCCACCAAGAUAUGUCACCUGAAUAUGCAAGUAUACUUUUGGGUAUUACCAACACAGUUGGGGCAGUACCUGGCAUUGUAGGUGUAGCCCUCACAGGAUAUCUUCUUGAUUUAACUCAUUCAUGGAGUCUGUCAUUAUUUGUGCCGUCAAUCUUCUUCUACUUGACUGGUUCGCUCGUAUGGUUGUUGUUCGCCAGCAGUAAGCCUCAAACAUUUUCCAAGAGAGACUGACCUUGUUUCUGUCCAUUUGAUUUAAUAUUCAUAAUGGAUCAACAAAAUCGAAUUCAUCUCAACACAAUGCAAUACUAAGUUGAUUUGUUAAAAGGCAUUGAGUGGAUAUUGGCUCAUCCCUAAUUGGAUCCAUUUAGUUGUAUAACUACAUAGGAAAGAUAGCAUAUGUAUAUUCCCAGUGUCUUUUGUUGAAUCACAUGUAACAGUGUUGUAUA